AUGCCUGGGAAAAUAAAAGUCAAGGUUCUAGCUGGUCGUAACUUGCCGGUGAUGGAUCGAGCAAGCGAUACCACUGAUGCCUUCGUUGAGAUCAAAUUUGGUGGUGUCACACACAAGACGGAUGUAUGUCGGAAGUCAUUGAAUCCACAUUGGAAUAGUACUGAAUGGUACAGGUUUGAGGUGGACGAAUCGGAGCUUCAAGACGAGCCGCUCCAGCUCAGGUUGAUGGACCACGACACAUAUUCUGCGAACGACGCAAUUGGAAAGGUUGUGAUCAGCCUGGCGCCGCUGCUGGCCAGGGAAGCCAACAAUGCGAAGGGAACGGGCGGCCCUCCUGGAGGUGCUGUGAUGUCCGGCUGGAUCCCGGUCUUCGACACGAUGCACGGCAUCAGAGGCGAGCUCAACGUCAUCGUCAAGGUGGAGCUGUUCUCAGACUUCAAUAAGUAUAAGACGUCCAGCUGCGGCGUCCAGUUCUUCCACUGUCCGAUGAUACCGCCAGGGUACAGGGCCACCGCCAUCCACGGCUUCGUCGAGGAGCUGAUUGUGAACGACGACCCAGAGUACCAGUGGAUCGACAAGAUCCGCACGCCCAGGGCAUCGAACGAGGCCAGGCAGGUCGCCUUCAUCAAGCUGAGCAAUCAGGUGCAACGUCUGGUGGGCUUGAAGGCGGCUGAACUCGGUGCCAACGCUGUGGUGGGAUACCAGCAGGACUUCGACUUGGAGGGGGAGGCGGGAGUUGUGGCGAGGGCUAUCGGCACUGCCGUCAGCAUAACCCCUCUGCCAACACCGAGCCAACCCAUAAAUAUGCCGCCGUGUUCUCAACAGCAGCUAAAAAAAUACUUGGACAUUUUGGCCACGGACGACGAGAGUGUCUCGGAUCUGGCGGAAUAUUAUCAGAGUCACCAGGACGAGCUGUUGAAGCUCCUCAAUAUCCUGAACCCCAAAGCGCCGUACUUGUUAGACGAGCCGGACAAUAUCGACGAAGACGACAAAAGCGUGGAGCUAACCAAAGAGGCAAACGCCAAAAACUAUGCGGGUGAUCGCUCCAUAUAUCAAGAGGAGUACGUCUCCCAACAGAGCUUAAGACACCUGUCCGAGGAUCAGACCGAUCUCAACAGAUUGCUGAACAGAGCCAGCGAUUGCGACUCCGAUAGCUCUGGGCCGUUUCAAAAGAUAAAAAAGAUAAAGAACAGUUUCUUCGCGAGGCGCUUCUCCGGCUCGAGGACGCGUAAAACUGAAAAACAAGACGAUCAGGUGUCAUUGAAAUCGAACUCGUCCGAUAACUCGCGGAUAUCCAUAAGCGAUAUAAAAAACGAGUUUAAGAAACUCAAAAGACUUAAGAAGCCAAAAAUAUGCAAGGUGAUAAACAAAGAAGAGGAGGGUAUAGGUAUGGCAUCUAUACUGGCCAGAUCGGUGAUACAUGCCCAGACAAGCCUGGCCUGUAUCGCGGAAUCCUUGGACUCCGAACAUUCGCCCGCUUCAACUAUGAGACGAACUAGUGAAUCUGAGCCCAAUUUAAACGUAUCCGACGACGAAAAAACUAGAGCGGACCUAAAUCUUGCUUCCAUGAGUAGUGAGUUGAGUGGAAGCAAAAGGAACAUACCGGAAAUACAUUGCACCUCUCUAGAAAACGUGAAAAGCACAGAUAAAAACAACGACGACACGAGGCAGAGGAAACUGUCCGAAUCUUGUCCAAACACUCCCACGGUAGCAAGAAGCGACAAUCUCCUAAAGCUGCCUGCUGAUGGCGACUUUUAUGGUUCUAUUUCGUCCGCACUAUCUGUGGGCAGCUCUGAGUACUCGAGUUCGGAUGGAGACGAUGAAAGUUUCGAGACGAAAACCGAUGUAAACAGAACCGUUGAGACAACUAGUUCGGUGGUGCAAUCUGUUUUAAGUCACGACGCAGAUCCCGAAUUUAUUGCGCAGAUGGAGAAAAAACUUUCUUCACUUCAUAACCCCUUCCAC